AUGCGGAACAUUUCUCUCAAAGCUUCACUCUUGAUUUUCAUUUUGAUCAUCACAUCGGAUUUUGGAACAGAAGCAAGAGAGUUAACUGAAGUUGAAGUUAUGGCCGGAAAUUCAAAUUACGCUGUCUUUGGCAUGUCUCUAGAUCCAGCACAUCCACUUUGCAAAAGAAACAUCAACUGUACCUUCGAAUGUCCCAAGAGGAGGAUUCUGCAACUAUAG